AGUCGCACCAGUGCACAGACGCAUCGCCGCGUUCCGUAACCGGUGUACACCGUGUCUGCUCUCCGAAACCGAUUGUCGUGUGCGUUCUCAUAAUAAUUAAUUGUACCUGCUAUGAUAUCAUGUUAUAUCGUCCGUAUUAAUGUAUAGGUAAUGCGACAGACGCCGUUUCGUGCUUUUGUAACAGUUUCUGGAUAAAAAAAAUAUUAACAAUACGUUUUUCUUCCGUGUAAGGCACUUGGAGUUCAACUAUUGAAUAUAGUAUCUAUAUACGCGUGGCGCUCCUAAAUCACAAAAUAUUUACGACGAAAUUUCGUGUAGACGUUUUACUGAACUGUGCGUGCGUUUUGGUUCUUACCCAUACAUUUGCUUUGCUCUGAGUUUUCACGCCUUUUACCGGACAAGGUUCGACAUUAUUCGUUCAAAAUUGGCCGCAUCAAGCAGAAUCCGGUUCGUGUAGCCACUGGCGAAACGGCUGCGCACGACUUGUUACGUACCGAUUUGCCAAUCGAUUGUAUGAAAAUGGCCAUGGAUGCCACAGAUAGCGCAAGACUUGGCUUAAACUUGAACUUGAGCGUGCAGCCUCAAUCAUAUCAUUGGAUUCAAUCACCUAAAGGUACUGAUGACGAGGAUGAGGAUGAUCGUAGGAGAGUGGAUGACGAUUGUUCGCCGGAAGAAGAACCGGAUAUCCUGGAAAUGCAGAGAGAAGAACGUGAAACUCUUAAUCAGUUGGCUCGUCGUUUGGCAAGUGGACCACACGGACUGAUGGGAGGUCACACAGCGUCUAUGAUACAACAUUUGGUUUAUCGUCAUCCUAAUGGGAUGCCAAUAUCCGAUCAGAUCGUCAUGCCAAUACCUUCUAGACGACCAGCCAAUAUAGAAUCACCACCAGGAUCUAGUCGAUCAGGUGACACGCCUCUUGGUCAUGAUUAUGCACCGGAAAACGAAUCAUCUCUGUUAGCAAGAAAGGGUGAAGCGCAAUCGUGGACUUUUGAAGAACAGUUUAGACAGUUAUAUACGGCGGGCAACGAAACGGACAGACGCAGUUUCCUGGAUUCGCUGUUCAGUUACAUGCAGGAACAAGGGACUCCGAUCAGCCGACUACCCAUCAUGGCCAAACGUGUUUUGGACCUGUACACGCUGUACAAACUGGUCGUGCAAAGAGGCGGAAUCGUGGCGGUCAUCACUAAAAAACUGUGGCAAGAGAUAAUCCGAGGCUUGGGCCUACCGCCUUCCAUCACCAGCGCGGCUUUCACGUUAAGAACACAAUAUGUCAAGUACCUGUACGCGUACGAGUCGAAAAUGAAUCAGUUCAGCACGGUGGACGAACUGAACAUGGCCAUAGCGGGAAACCGGCGCGAGGGCCGCCGGAACAAGUCGCUGCUGUCUGAGUACUUGCCCGCGCUCCCGGUGACGACGGCCGCCGGCCAGCUUCAUCACCACGGCCAACUGUCGUCUGCGGCGCACGGACAGCAUAAUCAUCAUCAGCAACAGCAGCAGCACCAUCAUCAGCAGCAGCAGCAGCAGCAGCACCAUCAGCAGCAGCAGCACUACGCCAACGUGCUGGCCGCAGACGAUCGGUUCCGCCACUUGGCAGCCGCCAUCAUAGACAACAACAGACACCGCGCCGCGACGGAACAGGGCAGACAGCAGCCGUCGUCAUCGUCGUCGUCGCCGCGGCCAGGCAGUCCGAUGCAACGGCUGGCUCAACUCCAGCCACCGCCGCUGACGGCUGCUGCCGAAUCUUCGCCGUUAUUCAACGGCCACCAGCUACAAUUGCCGCCUUACCAAUCGGCCACGAUGAUGGCUGCUGCAGCACAUCAAGUGGCGGCCGGCGACCACACCAGCAAACAGAGAGAAAUUCUCAGUAUGUUGAUGUGGAUGGACUUAAUGAGAGCUAAUCAAACAGCAAUGCCAAGACUUCCAAUACAAAACUUACAGCAGUCGCCUUACGCCUCCGCACCAGCCGCGAUGAAUUUGCAGCGCCAGUCUCCGAUCGCUUUGCACCCAAUCAACGGACCGCCAGCUGUACCGGAACAGUGUGAGGCGUUGAAUUUGGGUAAGAAAGAUCAAGGAACGAACAACAACAAUGCGGGCGAAAACGAGGACGAAUCGGAUCAAAGACACGAUCAAAAACGAAUCAAGAUGGAACGGUCGCCGCAGGCUGUCGUGGUUAGUCGUCCCGCGAGCCCCAAGACGAGUCCAGAACGAUUUCCGGCGCCAACCGGAAGCAGCCCGGUACGGGAGUCAGCUACAUCGCCUGAACGGAAUGGUGAAGACCUAUGCCGUGACAGUAACGGUACGAUCGAAAUGGACAUCAACGUGUCGGCCGGUAUGCCUAGUGGUCUCAAAAUAAACGUUUGUAAAAGGACAAAAAAUGGGAUUUACAAAGGUCAACUCGUCAAGGUUGAAUCAGAGUUAAACGGAGGAACGAAGAACUCUAGACCUUUUAUUUUGCGCCUCAAUGGCGAACUCUACACAGGAUGCCUCCAACAACAAAGCAGUGUUGUUGAUCACGACGACCAUCAUUCUAAUUAAAAUAGUAGACGUUGACAAGCACAACGAAUGAUUUUUCCUGUAAAUAUAAUAUUAAAAUAUAAUGGUUUAGAAGACAGUUAUUAAGCAACACAAAUAAAAUGUAUAUAUUAUACCUUUUUUCGUCUAAUAUACAUUAAGUAUAACAAUUAAAUAACAAUAUAUACAUAGUUGAAUUCGAUAAUAGUUUGAAUUAAUUUUAAUUUAAGAUUAUACUAUAUUAUAUUAUGUCUGUAUGUUUUAAAACUACUUUUUUAUGGAAAAUAAGUGAUUUGCUAAUACAAUAAAUUGUAUUGUAGAAUAGAUUAAAAAAUAAAUAUUUAUCAUUAUACUUAGGUACUACGCAAAUAUGUAUAUAUUAUAUAAUAUUAUAUAUUACCCAUUUUACUGCGAGUAGGAGACUUAAUUUUUUUUACGUUAUUUUUAAAAAUAUAUUUGUAUUAUUAUUAUUAUUAUUAUUGUAAAUAUAGUGUGUAAAUUGUGAGUACUUCAAAUUAAUUUUAAGGCUGUGCAUUCUUUAGAUCUCAUCCUAAUGGGAAAACCAAUAACAUAACACGUCUUGUAAAAUACACGUACAUUUUUGGAUUUGAAUAUUAAUCAGUAUUAGCAUCGAUGUAUAAUGAUUGAAUAAAUUACAGUUUUUUUUUUGUAUUAUGAUUAUA